CUUAUCUCCCCAUUUUCCAUUUAUCCCAACAUUUUCUUUCUUCUUCAACACUUACCGACUUCUCUGAAGCCUGGAGAACCUAGAGAGAGAGAGAGAGAGAGGAGAGAUAAAUUUUAACUUUUUAUCCCUUCCCUUCCCUUCUGUCUCUGUCUUAACGAAUCAAUCCUGCUGCACUCACUCACGAAGCAUACGACGCAAUCAUAAUGACAUCUCUCUAUUUCUCCGAUCAACACCUUCUUCUUGUCUGAAACUCCACAUUUACUCGUCCUUUCCUUCUUUUUGUUAUUAAACCCACUGCUCUCUUAUUAUUCCCUCCAUCAUUAGAGAGAGAGAGAGAAGAGACAGAAUAUAGAGAGACAGCUACUGCAGAGAGGAGAGAGAGAGAGUUUGUCAUUUUCAAGAUCUGCAUUUGUGUCAUUAUGCAUGUUAUAUGAAUCGAGUUUUCAUGGAGGAGCGAACGCAUGGAUAGGAGGUUAGAGGCUCUGUGCAUGUAAGUGGAUCUGGUUUUUUGCUGGAUCUCUCAGCGUUUGGAUUCAUGGGUUUUGGUGUCUCUGGUUUCGAAUCGAGGUUUAAUUCAUACCUUGAGAAGAGUUGGAGUUUAAUGGUGGCUUUGAAUCGGAGUUCUACUGGUGGUUUGGAAUUGAAGUUUUAGUGGUGGUUUUGGUUUGGGGCUUUUUUAGAUUUGGAUGGCGACAGUUUCAGAAGGUUGGCCCUCUUACAAGGGCAUGUCUUCUGACAAUGUCAAGGGUUUGGUCCUUGCGUUGUCCUCGAGUUGUUUUAUUGGUGCGAGUUUUAUUGUGAAAAAGAAGGGGUUGAAGAAAGCAGGAGCUUCGGGAAUUCGAGCAGGAGUUGGUGGCUACUCUUAUCUAUAUGAACCACUUUGGUGGGCAGGCAUGAUCACAAUGAUCGUUGGAGAAAUUGCCAACUUUGCAGCAUAUGCAUUUGCUCCAGCAAUUCUCGUCACUCCUUUGGGUGCACUCAGCAUAAUUAUCAGCGCUGCACUUGCACACAUUAUUUUACGUGAGAGGUUGCAUAUAUUUGGGAUUCUUGGCUGUGUUCUAUGUGUUGUGGGUUCAACAACCAUUGUCCUACAUGCUCCUCAAGAACGGGAGAUUGAAUCUGUGAAGGAAGUAUGGGAUCUUGCCACUGAGCCAGCUUUUCUUCUCUAUGCGGCUUUAGUUAUGGCAGCUGUUUUUGUUCUUAUAUUCCAUUUUAUCCCACUUUAUGGGCAGACUCAUAUAAUGGUGUAUAUUGGGGUUUGUUCGCUUGUAGGAUCUCUCUCGGUCAUGAGUGUUAAAGCUCUCGGAAUUGCUCUGAAGUUGACAUUUUCUGGAAUGAAUCAGCUAAUAUAUCCUCAAACGUGGGCUUUUACUCUAGUUGUAAUCAUGUGUGUGGUGACUCAGAUGAACUAUUUAAAUAAGGCCCUGGACACAUUCAAUACAGCUGUUGUAUCACCUAUAUAUUAUGUGAUGUUUACAUCUCUAACCAUUUUGGCUAGUAUCAUCAUGUUUAAGGACUGGGAUCGGCAAAGUCCAACCCAAAUAGUGACUGAGAUGUGUGGGUUUGUGACAAUCCUCUCAGGAACAUUUCUGCUCCACAAAACAAAGGACUUGAGUGAUGGUAACUUUGCAUGUUUAUCGCAAUCAUUAUCAAUGCGUCUUCCAAAGCAUGCUGAUGAGGACGGCUUUCCCACUGAAGACAUCCCACUCCGCUGUCCAGACUCCUUCCAUUCACCCUGAUGAUUAUGGUUGAUAUAUGCCGAUGAUGAUGAUGUGUGCCUUUUAUUUGCCGUCCUUACUCUUCUUCUGUGUUUUUUUAUGCUUUGGAUGGCCUCCGAUUCUGCCCCUCUUUGUAAUCCUUGAAAGUAUUUGAGUAUCAUAUUCUUUUUGUCAGAGUAAAUGUAGAGGGUUCUUCCAAGAUGAAACACUUAAUGUGAACCCUUUUUUGCCUGAUACCUGAGAUUAAGGUAUCUCGCCAUAGUUAUGGGCUUUAUACCCACGGUUGUGUAAAAAAUGAAGCAAUUCAAGCCCGUUCUUGAAAUAAUUACUGAAAUGAGAACCAUAACACCGAAUUUUGAUUUAAAACUGAAACCCGAAGAGCACUCUUUCUGAGCAUGAUCGUGUGCCUUACUUUCUCUGUC